UGGUCCUGAGGUGUGAGUCUGGAGGCUGGUUUCCUGAACCUGAGAUGGAGUGGCUGGACAGUUCUGGAACCAUCCUCCCUGCUGAUGGACCUCCAGAGAGACACAGGGACUCAGAGGGCCUCUACACUGUGAGACGACAUGUCACCGUGAACCAGACUGACACCAACAGGUUCACCUGUAGAGUUCAACAGCAGGAGAUCAACCACAUGAAGGAGACAGAGAUUCAUGUCCCAGGGUCGUCUGAGGUUCAGGUUGUUGGACCGGCUGACCCAGUCGUUGCCUUAGCUGGUGAUGACAUCAUUCUACCAUGUUCCCUGAAACCCAAUGUCAAUGCUGAGAACAUGGUAGUGAGGUGGACAAGAUUGAACCUGAAAUCAGAAGUCGUCCAUCGUUACAGUGAUGGUCGAGACUCCAAUGUGGACCAGUCUCCAUCCUACAGGAAUAGGACAUCAGUGUUUAAUGAAGAACUGAAGAACGGCAACGUCUCCUUAAAGCUGACCAGAGUUACUCUCUCUGAUGCUGGAAGCUACAGGUGCUUCAUUCCAACACUGACCAGCCAGGUGAAGAACACCACCGUUCAACUCUUUGUUGGUGCUGUAUCUCAGCCAGUGAUAUCUAUUGAUGGAACUAAAGACUGGGGGGUGGUCCUGAAGUGUGAGUCUGGAGGCUGGUUUCCUGAACCUGAGAUGGAGUGGCUGGACAGUUCUGGAACCAUCCUCCCUGCUGAUGGACCUCCAGAGAGACACAGGGACUCAGAGUGCCUCUACUCUGUGAGACGACAUGUCACCGUGGACCAGACUGACACCAACAGGUUCACCUGUAGAGUUCACCAGAAGGAGAUCAACCACCUGAAGGAGACAGAGAUUCAUGUCCCAGAUGACGUGUUUCCUAAAUCACAAGUAGGGUUGAUUGUUGGUCUACUAAUAGCAGCAGCUGUUGGAGUUAUUGCAGCUUUAGUUGGUGUCUACAUGUUGAGCAAACAUAAUGAAGAUGAUGUGUUUCCUAAAUUACAAUUAGGGUUGAUUGUUGGUCUACUACUAGCAGCUGUUGGACUUCUUGCAGCUUCAGCUGGUGUCUUUGGUGUCUACAUGUGGAGAAAACAUACUGAAGAGGAGGAGCAAAGUAAAGGAUGGGAAGAACAAAUUGAUGCCCGGUUUGUGACCAGACACAAGGAUCACCUCAUUCAGAAGGUUUCCGGGGGGAAAUCCAUAGCAUCUGAGCUGCACCAGAAGGACUUGAUCCCUGAUGAGAUGAACUGUCGGAUCAGUGCUGCCGGGACCAGCCAGGACCAGAUGAGACUGUUGUACGAGGCCCUAGAAGAAGCAGAAGACACAACAAGAGUGAAAUCUACAUUUUACAAGAUUCUACUGGAUCUGGAACCUGACGUUGUCAAAGACCUGAAGGUCGUCACAAGAGAGAGGGAUGAACUCAAAGAAGAGCUGAGGAAAGCUAAAGAGACCAUCCAAUCCCUCUCCACCUCUCCAGGUGGUCAACAGAAAACACAGACUCCUUCCCAAAAGUCUGAGAGGAUUGAAGGGAUGGAGAUGGAGUCUUUACCAGGGAGGAAGUCUGGUCCUGGUCCAGGGAGGAAGUCUGCUCCUGAGAUGAAGCCUUUACUGGCUGCUGGACCACAGAAGGAAGAUCUGUAUGAUCUGGAGAGGGGAGGAAGAGAUACUACAGAAUUUAACUAUAGAGAGACAAUACCUUCAGGGAGGAAGUCUGGUCCAGAGAAGGAGAUGGAGAUGAAGCCUUUACUGGGUCCUGGACCACAGAAGGAUGAUCUGGAUGAGCUGGAGAGGGGAGGAAGAGUUACUACAGAAUUUAACUAUGUGCUAUAGGGUUACUAUAGAGAGACUAUAACUAUAGAGCUGAGUUACUAUAGAGAGACUAUAACUAUAGAGCUGAGUUACUAUAGAGAGACUAUAACUAUAGAGCUGAGUUACUAUAGAGAGACUAUAACUAUAGAGCUGAGUUACUAUA